GCACAGGUAUACCGGAGUCCACAGCGUACAUUAACCUACAGAUCGCUGGUUAAGUUGUAUUAGCUUGGCAAAAAGACGGUGACGUUUUGAAGACAAAUGAAGGCGAUCGGCUAAGGAAGGUAGAGAGAUAGUGGUGGAAAUCGACAAGAUGACGGUUUGCAAAUACCUGGGUCCUACCCUCCUUGUCACGGUGCUGGCUAUACUAACAGUUUGCCAAGAAACCCCAUUCACAUGGAUGCCUUACGAUAACUUUGAUAUCAUCAUGGACAAAAUGACGUCGGUGACAGCCCAAAACUGCCGAUCAAAGUCCAGAAAAGAUAUCGAGUUACCAGCAGAAGCCGUUUCCCAAAUACCGAAGUAUAAUCAAUUGUUAAGCAAUAUAUUUUUCGCCAACAGAACUUGUCUGCUUCAGCUUCACAGCAUGGCUCUAAACAGGGCUUAUUAUUACAGUUUCAUAUACCAAUAUCUGAACGAAACUGAAAUAGACUUCAAGUAUCAGCCUGGACUGAUGUACUACUACAUGUCUAUGGCCGCUGAUGUGUCUGCAGGCACUGGCUGCAUAAAUGGCAGCGCUCUCUAUUUUGACAAUGAUGUGCACUACGCCAACUUUCUUAUCACUUUGCCCUUCAACAAGACAUUGCCAUUAUUUGCUCCACGAGCAUGGCGGGCCGAUGACUACAACGAACCAACCAAUUGGUUAAGAGAACCAUCCAAUUAUACAACAGAUGUCCAUGACAUGUCUGCUGGUAGGGAUACCAACUACACCCAUCCUUUGUACAAGCCGAACCCGUGGUACAAAUUCUUUCUACCAGAUCUCGAGAGUAAUGUAGACACCUUGCGUAAGUUUACUUACACAGUAUCAAUGAAACUUUCAAAUACAACAGGGAAGUUUAUUCACAAAGAGUAUCAAGGGACACCUUUCUUUGGUCCACCCCAGCCUGGUCAGCAAGACAGUGAUGACCUCAGUAUGCCUGUCCGCUUCACCCAGCCCUAUUUUGACUGUGGUCACUCUAACAAGUGGAUUGUAAGCGCUGCUGCUCCGGUGGUAGACUUCAUGCCCAGAUACACCAACUGGACACAUACUCAAAGGGCCAGGUUUGUAGGCGAAGCAGUGAUGGACAUAGAGUUUGAGAGAAUUGACCUUAAUCCUUGUCCCGUUGGUGAAGGAAAUCCAGCCCCAAACUUCUUUGCUAACACAGCUCGCUGUAAGGACACAACAAUGUGUGAACCACUAAGUGGGUUUGGGUUCAGGCGUGGCGGGUACAGAUGUGUUUGCAAACCAGGCUAUCGUUACCCUUGGUGGCACAAUGGACCAUUUCUUGGCUGGGAGAUAGAGCAGGCAACCAAAGAAGAGUAUGAAAGAUCCUUUGAUUGUCUGUCGAUUGGUGAAUUAAGGGUUAUUCCCAGAGAACCACCUGUAACAAAGAUAAACAAGCGAAGUUUAACUGCUAAAAGACACGAGAAGCAUGAAGUUCCUUUGACAGUAAAGUAUGAGAACCAGAGACAGAGGUUUGUUCGCAGUAUACUACCUCAGCCAUCAAGAACUUCACGUCGUCUGUUGUCUCAAGAAAGAGAAGAGAAGAUAGAGAAAAGGGCUGCUGCAGAACGCAAGAGAAGGGUCCAUUACGUUCCCAGAACGAAGAGGACUGUUGGCACUGUCGAACAAAAAACCAGCAAGACGGGCAAAGGAAGCUUCGAUCAAAGCAGUUAUGAUAGAAUGCAGCGAUUACGGAAUCGCAUGUUCAACGUAGAUGCGACAAAAUGCCACAGCAUGAAAGACUUUGAAUUGCUAUUGCCAGGAGAUGUUGGUUAUGGAGUUGACAUCCAGUUUGAAACUCAAGCCAGAACAGGUUUGAGGUUAGCUCAUUUCCUCAGCAACUUUCUACAGAAUGUCAAUGAAGAUGAGCAGUUUGGAGACAUCCGUGGUGAUCGCUUGCUAAAUGAGACUCACAUUUACGGUGAGGUUCUCUCUAACAUCAUGGGUGAUUUCAAGAUCUAUGCUAGCGGAGUGUUUUUUGACAAGUACAAAUUCCGAAUGUCUCCUCCCGUCAACAACACUGAUCCCAGGUUUAGCAGUGGUAUCACUCGUGAGUACUUUGGUCCAUUCGCUUUCAGAACACCAUCAGAAAAUAAGCAAGGCCAGGAUGACUUCAAAGCUAUUGACUUUGCUGGUUUCAAAACACCUUACACUACCAAUCGCUGGUUCAUUGACAUGAAAUCCAGAUGGUCCACCAAUUUUUACAGUCUGAAGAAGUACACUAUGAGGUCGAUGGUGCGCUAUGAUAGGAACGGAUCCAGCGCUGUGCGUUUUGAGCACUACCCCAUGUUUUACAGGGCCGCCUCAUAUGAAGACGGGGUUUGGCUCCGCCCUCAGUUCAAAUGUGAUGGUAUGGUGAAUGAAUGGGUGCUAACAUAUGUGGCGCCCUUUUUUGGCAUGAACAGCCUCCGAACACAACUCGAGUUCAAGGGAGUGGUGACAAUAGAUGUGAAAUUGGAGGAGUUAGACAUUAACCAGUGUCCACAAAACUUUGAUGUGGCCAAUGCUUUCAAGAACACAGCUCGGUGUGACUUUAAAACCACAUAUUGUGAGGCCCUGCCUGGUAAACGUUUCACCUUGGGCAGUUACAAGUGUGAGUGUGAACAGGGCUACGAGUACCCUUUCCAGGAGCAGGCCUGGUUCUUUGAUGGUCAAACUAUGGAGGAUGAAUGGAGGAAGAUGAUGGACGGAGAGCCAAACAGGUUUGAAACUCUGAAGUGUCGUAUAGGAGGAUCUGCUUAUGUGGUAGGAAGCUGGAUUUUGGUCUCCGUUCUCUCCAUGAUGUCGCUUCUCAUCCACUGAUCCAGCGAGGACCUACAGAUCUGCCAAACCAAAUAGAUGUCAGCAUCCCAACUCAUAUGUCAAUCAUCAUUAUGCAAAUACUAGUAAUCAUUCCUCAGGUGUUCAUGCAUUCCUCAUUACAAUAUGGUGAAUAGAAUUGAGACAUACAUGUGCGUACAUAUAGGGUUUCAUGGAUACAGUAUCACCAUAUGUAGGCUUAACAUAAUACUUGUACAAGAAAACACACACUUCUCAUAUUCAUUUGUUUUGUAUAAUAAAAAAACAAAAAAGAAAAAUUUAAUGGUAAAUUUUUGUAUAUUCUGUAGGCCUGGGGUAUUUCCACUGUUAUAUUAUUAUUUUUUUUUUUUGUUAUAUUUUGAUAAAAAAGAUAUUUAAUGAACGUUUAAUUUUCUGAAACAAAAAAGUGGACAUAUAUAAGAAUGUAUGUAAGGGAGAUGUACAUGAAGAUUACUUCUAGAGCAGUAGAUCUAUCCCAUAUCUACUAAGGUGAUUCAGAGUCUCUGUGUUGACAUUAGUGGUUCACAAUGACCCCCUUGCUCAGUACAUGGCUCAUUGUUUGUUCCUACUGUGUUCACUAAUUUCACUCAAAAUUAAACAUGUGCGUUAAAAUGCACAUACAGACAGGCAUACAUAAUAAGGACUUACCAUUUUAAUUCCCUGUAUGUAUUAAAGUGCUACUAUAUAGAAUUGCUACUAUAUAGAAUUCAUAUACUGUGUGUCCUUAUGUCAAGGUACUGUUUCAAGUCCUGAUACUUUUUAAAUAUCACUUUUAUCAAAAUCUCUGCAAAGCAAAUAUAUUUUAAGGAAUUAUCUUGACUUUUGCUUCUUUUAUACCAGUUUUAAGAUACAUCUUACGCAAGGUUUUAACAGUUGUCUUAAAUGACAUAAGAUAAUGUAUGCACAAACAUAGAUUUCAUAAUGUACAUUUUAUGUGUGGUCCAAUAGUGUAUAUGUGUAUAAUAAAUUCUGAGAUAUAUUUGUAAGUAUUUCAUGUACACAAAUGUGUAUCUUCUGAUUUUUAUAAUAAAAUGUGUGAAACAUACUUC